AUGGCAGGCUUUCACCACCCUGGAGACCCCUACUUUCCCAACCGAGGAAAUGGACGUUGGAUUGAUGAAGACCCAAAAGAAGACCAAGAAGAAGACCCCGAGGAACCUGUGGAGGAUCCAGAAGAACUAGCAGAGUCUGAAGCAGAGGAUGUUGAAGAAGAAGUCGAGGGAGAUGGCGAGGAAGAGUUUGAGGAGGAUGAAGAAUCGAAUGAAGAGUCCGAGGUUAUCAAUCCUCCAUACAUGGCAAGAGUACCACCGUAUAUGAUGGGCUACAAUGGCCCUAUACCUCCUUGGGCUGAUGAUAUCAAGAGAUGGGGCCUACGCCAGGGUCUGCAACCACCAUUUUGA